AUAAAAACACACACCUUAUUCUCAGGAGAAAAAGACGUCCACCAGCUCCCAACAAACAAAUUCAAAUAAUCUGACGGUUCUCAGAAUUCAAUCUACGAUCCAACGGUCAAUACGUAAAAACAAAACCUCAACAACAUCUCUCUGCAGAGUAUAUAUUCGUUGCAACCCCCCCACCAUUUCCUUGCCUCAAUUCCUAAACCUCGAAGAAGAUGAAGAUCAUCGAGAAGAUCGGCCCGGCUCUCGCCGACGACGAUGCUCCGGUGAUCUUCUCCUUCGAGUACUGCACCCCUAAACCCUCACACGCUGGCCCCGAGGCCGUCCUUGACACCAUAGCCCGCAUGGCGGCCUACGGGCCCGCCUUCUCCGACGUCACCUGGCGUCCCCAACCCCCCUACCCGGAAAACACCCUCUUCCUCGCCGGACGGAUGCAAUCCCUCCCCGGCGUUGAAACCAAUCUCCAUCUGACUAGCCUCUCCAUGCCUCUCGCCUCCAUCGACCACGCCCUAGCCACCGCCCGCGCCGCCGGAAUCCGUAACAUCCUUGCUCUCCGCGGCGACCCUAUUGAGCCUCCCAUCGCCGAGGAUGCCUUCACCUCCGCCAUCGAUCUCGUCCGCUACAUCCGCGCUAACCACGGUGACUACUUCGGCAUCAGCGUCGCCGGUUAUCCAGAAGCUCACCCAAGCAAGAUCCCGGAGGGUAGUGACAGAGCCACAAAAGAAGGGUACGAGAGCGAUUUGGCGUACCUGAAAGAGAAAGUGGAAGCCGGGGCCGAUCUGGUGAUAACCCAGCUGUUCUUCGACGCAAGCAUCUUCUUGAAAUUCCUUGACGAUUGCCGGAGAAUCGGGAUCAAAUGCCCGAUCGUUCCAGGGAUCAUGCCGAUCACGACGUACAGGAACUUCAAAUUCAUGACGGAGACGUGCAAGACAAGGGUUCCGGCGGAGGUGAGGGAGAGAGUGGAGGCAUUGAAAGGGGACAACGAGGCGUUGGGAGCAUACGGGGUGGAGCUGGCGACGGCGAUUUGCAAGGAGUUGGUGGAGAACGGGGUGAGAAUGCUCCAUUUUUAUACUAUGAAUAAGGAGGGGCCGGCGGUGAAGGUGCUGAGAAAUUUGGGUGUCAUCGCCGGUGAAGAUGUCUGGAAAGUUACGAUCCCGAGGCAGUUGAAGGUUCAUGAACCUUUGGAGAAUGGGGUUGUUGUUGCCUCUUAAGUUAGGGAGUACUUAAUUUCCGUUUGCGUGUAUGCGCGCUCUGCGGUGUUAGUUAUUUAUUAAAUUAAGAAAAGGAAAUUGAGGACAUUUUGUGUGUCACAGUGUGUGUGCUUGAUUUGGGGAGUUGGUGGGGGUGGUGCCCACUUUUGAGUUUUGACCUCACUCACACAAGGAAUUGGAUUCAAAGCAAUGGAAACGUGGGCAUUUGGACUUGUGUCACGAGCUUGACUAUGUUGUUGAGUAGUGUGACAGAGUGGCAGUUAAUGCAUGCCAGCUUCGUCCGUAAACCUGGCUCCUUCUUGUCUUUUGUGAAUCUUUUGUCUAUUGUCAGGCCUGACAUAAUUUUAUUUUCA